CAGGCGAUUGGCUGCUUCACGUCUGCAGGUGCAAAAUCCACCGGCCUGAGAAUUGGGCGGAGACGCUGCAGAACGAGUUGAAAAGUGAUCUGUGAGGACAGGUCCCCAGCAGCAGGUUGAGUAAAGAUGUCGGUCUUCAAGAAAUUCUUCAAAGAUAUCAUCCGUAAAAGACACCCUGACAAUGACACCGUCACAGUGAAGGGUAAACCCAAGCCUAAGUAUUAUGGGACAGUCACCCCCCAUCCCAACUUCAGCGCCAGCAGCGACGCCUCAGUCCUCAACAGUGCCAUUGAGAGUAAAGGAGUGGACGAGGACGUGAUCAUCGCCGUCCUGGUGAGAAGAAACAACGAGCAGAGGCAGAAGAUCAAGACCGUUUAUGAAGCGUCCACUGGGAAUAAGCUGGAUAAAGAUCUGAAGUCGGCUCUUCGCUCAGAUUUGGAGGACGUCUCUCUGGCUCUGCUCAUGACGCCGGCUCAGUUUGACGCCUACCUGGUCAGGAAGGCCACAAAGGGCUUCGGGACAGAUGAGGACGUCCUGGUGGAGGUACUGGCGACGAGGUCGAACGAAGAGAUUCAAGAGCUCAAGACGGUUUUUAAACAAGAGUACGGACAGGAGCUGGAAGAGGUCAUCGAGAAAGAGACCCGAGGCGACCUCACCGAGGCUCUUCUGGCCAUGUUGAGAGCAAACAAAGACGAGAGUAAUGAAAUCAACAUGGGGCUGGCCAAAGAGGACGCAGAGACGCUGUUUGAGGCUGGCGAAAACACCAAAGGAAUCAACGUGUCGACCUUCAUCAACAUCCUGACCUCGAGGAACGGGCCGCAGCUCUCCAAGAGUGAGUCGCAUUACGCCUCCGUCAGUGACCUCUCGCUCCCCAAGGCCUUGUUCAUGGAGCUGAAAGGAGACAUCGAGGACUGUCUCGUUGACAUCGUGAAAAUAGCCUGGAACAAAUCUGCGUUCUUCGCUGAGAAGCUCCACAAGGCCAUGGAGGGCCACGGCACAUGCGAGGACACGCUGAUCCGGGUGCUGGUCAGUCGCUCCGAGAUCGACCUGAAGAAGAUUGUGGAGGAAUACAGGGCCAUGUUCGACACCAGCCUUCAGGAGCAUAUACUGAAUGACACAAAGGGACAUUACCAGAAGGUUCUGCUGGGCCUGUGUGGACCUCACUGAACUGGAUCUGCUCUGGAGAUCAAGGCUGUCGUGUCCUCGGGAAGUCGCAGAAAUGUCUGAAGACGAAUAAAUGUCAUUGACAAAUUUGUCUUUUUGAGUUGAUCAAAAUAAAUAUAAAUAAAUAUAACUGUCGUGUGUUAUCUUUCUGACGAAUAAAACACAUUUAUAAUAUCAAUAAAA